ACAGACGGACGAAUGUCGCCAGCUUCGCCCCGACUCGAGCUUAGUUUCGUCCAAGAUUUCGACAAAGUAAGGUAAUCGUUAUCGUACAAUUGCAAAAAGCGGGACCAGCGAUCGGCAAACGGCCAUCCAUCCAAUCAACCAACCCACCAGCAAGUGCAUUGGAAAUGGCUACGGUUGUAACAGCUGAAACCUUGGCUAUUGGAGAUAUAGUGUUUGCUAAGAAAUGUGGCUACAUACCCUGGCCGGCUAAAAUAAUUGCUAAACAUAGUCGCGCUAGCCUGGUGCAAUUCAUGUCGACCAAUGACCGACAUCGGAUUCGCUACAGUAAAAUCUGGCCGUAUAAUGAGUAUACCAAGUCGGAGUUCAUCACCCGCGAAACGCUCGACUAUGAGGAGUUUCGUGAAGCCGUUUUCAUUACCGAGCGCAUUCGCGGCGUAACGGAGGAAGGCAUCAUUGAUGCCGUUAUGGAGCUUCUAAGUCCCAUAGAAGAGUCGCUGGUGCUUUCAUCACAGCCAUCGCCCACCAUCCCCGAUCAGCCAUCGCCGCUCAGUCAGGAGCAAUUGGACCUAAGUUAUGUGUACCAUGUGCGGCAGCAAAGCGACUCACUCAACGUGGAGCCGCAAUUUAUUAAGCAGAUCAAUCGCCUGCGCAGCAGCCUGACCCUAACCGACCAGAACUAUUUGAAUGCGCAGGCAGCCUUCUUGGAGCUGCAGCAUUUACCUAUAAGCCAGCUGCUACUUAUUCGCAACUACGACGCCGUGGACACCAUUCGCCAGCUUUGCAGAUUUAGAGUUCCCUAUAGUGAAGAGGACGAGCUCACUGCUGAUGAUUUGGCUGAGCUCCAGCAGGACUCCCAAAAUGUGCGGACCCAAGCCAAUCACUUAUUUGUGCACUUUGCCAGCAAAUUCAAGCAACCGUUCAGUCAACCGAACUUUUGGUCGGAGUACUGCAGACUGACAAGCAUUUAUAGGCGCUAUACCGUGGCCAUUUCUGCGCCAGAGACAGAGGGGAUCAUUUCAAAACAGCUGCAACAAACAGCUGAACAAAAACUCCACGAAGACAACGCCUGCAGUGAAAUGAAUGGAGGAUAAAAAAUAAUAAAUCAGGCACAUAAUUUGCAUACAAAUUUGUCCAACUUCACGAGUAUGUUAUGCAAAUAAUGUUAAAUCAAAA